AUGGAGAACAGAGCAGGCGAGCCAAUCGCUAUCGUAGGAAGCGGUUGUCGCUUCCCAGGCGGGUCUUCGUCCCCAGCAAGGCUAUGGGAACUACUGAGCCAGCCUCGGGAUGUGUCGAGCCACAUACCCGAGGAUCGGUUCAACUGGCAAAGCUUUUACCAUCCCGACGGUGCUCAUCAUGGUACAAGCAACACAGCACGAGGGUAUUUCCUCAAAGAGGGCAUUCGAGACUUCGAUACCAAGUUCUUCAACAUUCCGCCAUCGGAAGCAGAUACGAUCGACCCACAGCAGCGGUUACUACUCGAGGUUGUUUACGAGGCUAUCGAAUCCGCUGGUAUGACUCUACAAGGAAUGCAAGGCACGCAGACGGGAGUUUUUCUAGGCAUGAUGAGUGGUGACUAUGAAGACCUUCUGCUCGAGGACUUGGAGUCUGUGCCCAAGUACGUGGGUACAGGGGUCCAGCGUAGUAUGCAUGCAAAUCGGGUCUCAUAUUUUUUUGACUGGCAUGGCCCCUCGAUGAGUAUUGAUACCGCGUGCUCUUCAAGUAUGGUGGCCAUUUAUUUGGCAGUGCAGGCUUUGCGGAAUGGGGAUGCUUCGGUGGCAAUCGCGGCUGGAGCCUCAUUGAUCAUUGGACCUGGUGACUUCAUAGCUCUCAGUAAUCUGAACAUGGUGGCGCCCGAUGGUCGAUCCAAGAUGUGGGAUGCAGAAGCCGAUGGCUACGCACGUGGCGAGGGGGUUGGCGUUGUCGUUCUCAAGCCACUCAGCGCAGCAUUGAAAGAUGGUGAUCCCAUAGAAUGUGUCAUUCGUGAAGUUUUUGUCAACCAAGACGGCCGUACCCAAGGAAUUACGGUGCCAAAUGGUGAGGCUCAAGCAGAUCUCAUCCGUGAAACAUACAGACGUGCUGGUCUAGAUCUCAAUCGUGCGCUCGACCGUCCACAGUACUUUGAGGCUCACGGUACUGGUACCCCAGCCGGUGAUCCCCAGGAAGCACGGGCAAUUGCUAGUGCUUUCUUUGGUGCAGAUGAUUUGGCUUCUAGUGAGAGCCCGCUGUAUGUUGGGUCAAUUAAAACAGUCAUCGGCCACACUGAAGGCGCAGCAGGUAUUGCGGGUAUUCUGAAAACAUCAUUGGCUCUUCAGCAUGGAUAUCUCCCUCCUAACCAGCACUUUAACAAUCUCAGCUCUUCGGUCGCUCCUUUUGCGAAGAAUUUGGAAAUUCCCGCGUCUCUCAAUCCCUGGCCUUCGAUUCCAAAUGGUGGUUCAAGAAGAGCCAGUGUAAAUAGCUUCGGAUUUGGCGGUUCAAAUGCUCAUGCCAUUUUAGAGUCCUUUGAUCCUUUGGCACAAGUCAUCAAUCAUGAUGUUUCCUUCCAACCUCCCUUAUCCCCGUUCACAUUCUCAGCUCCAUCUGAGCGAAGCCUCAAAGCAGUCCUACAUCGCAUGGCAGAGCAUCUCCAAAAUUUUCCUGAUACCAACAUGCGUGAUCUCGCCUACACACUACAAGUCCGUCGGUCUAUUUUCCCCUUUCGCACAACACUCUCGGCUCUCACCGUCAGCGAAUUAUGUCAAAAAAUACACGUAAAGUUGGAGAGCUCCAAAGGAAAAGAAAAUCCUGCCAUUGGAGUCCGCGCACUGUCAGGUCACAAUAAGACGAUACUUGGUGUUUUUACUGGCCAGGGAGCACAAUGGAUCGGCAUGGGCAAGGAGCUUAUUGCGCACCUACCCUAUGCUCAGGAAAUUCUGGAACAACUUCAACAGAGUCUGGACACCUUGUCAGAUGCAGACAAACCAUCAUGGUCCCUCCAUGACCAGCUCUUUGCCGACCAAGAGACUUCGCGUCUUAGCGAAACUGCAAUCUCCCAACCGUUAAUUACAGCUAUUCAGAUCAUAUUGGUUUCUUUGCUCCAACAAGCUGGUGUUGAGCUCACUGCAGUGGUAGGCCACUCAUCUGGUGAGAUUGCAGCAGCUUAUGCGGCAGGCUUCAUUACCGCUACGGAUGCUAUUCGCAAUGCUUAUUAUCGGGGUGUCUUCGCCAAACUUGCAGCCGGCCCAAACCAAGAAAAAGGUGCGAUGUUAGCAGCAGGUAUUUCUCUAGAUGAGGCCAAGGAUCUGUGCAGUCAUCCCUAUUACAGGUACCGAGCUAUGGUCGCAGCUAGCAACUCGCCUGUCAGUGUGACCUUAUCUGGGGAUAUCGAUGCGAUCGAAAGUUUGAAAUUUCAUUUGGAUGAAACAGGGAAAUUUUGUCGCCCACUGCGUGUUGAAGCAGGCUAUCACUCACAUCACAUGCUUCCCAUUGUGCCAGUAUAUGUUCAGGCUCUUUCAAAUUGCGGAGUUAAGGCGAUCGUGCCCGGAAGUGGUCACCCUCGCUGGUGGUCAAGCGUGCAUCCAAGCCUGAAGCAAGUGGGAUUCACAGAGGAUUUAGGUAUCGAGUACUGGAGAGACAACAUGGUUCAGUCAGUCUUGUUCAAUCAAGCUGUGGAGAACGCAGUGGCGUCCGCCGGUCCCUUCGACAUCGCCAUUGAGAUUGGGCCACACCCAGCUCUUCGGGGACCCUUCCUACAAACUCUCAAUGCCCUCUCAGAAAAUGAGAUUCCAUACUUUGGAUGUUUAUCUCGUGGAAAAGACAGCUUGGAGACAUUUUCGGAGACACUUGGGUCUCUUUGGUCUCAUAUUGGUCCAUCAGCAGUCAACCUUGAUGCCUAUGAGCGUGGUAUAGCUCCUGGUAUUGCUAGUCGAGCUUUCCUCCGGGGUCUCCCCUCUCAUCCAUGGAACUACGAGCGCCCAUACUGGUUUGACUCGAGAGUUGCCCGUGAUAAAUGGCACUGUAAAGGUGGAGUUCACUCGUUACUUGGUGUAGAUGCAGGAGGCAGAACUGAAACAGAAGUCAAAUGGCGAAAUUUUCUCCGCCUCAAUGAGAUGCCUUGGCUUGAACAUCACCGAAUCCAUGAUCAGUCGGUCUUCCCCACGACGGGCUACAUGUGUAUGGCCUGGGAGGCAGCUCUGAAAAUCUCCGAUGGGUGCCCCAUCCAGCUAUUUGAGUUACGCGACAUCGAAAUUGGCCAGGGAAUUCUUUUGAAUGACACUUACCCUGGCGUCGAAGUUCUUUUUACUCUCACCGACAUUGUAAAGCCUUCAAAGACCAUGAGUACCAUGCAUGCUCGGUUUUCCUGCCACUCAUGCGCCAAUAAAGAUGAUGAUCUAUUGGUUUUGAAUGCCAGAGGGGAGAUUAUAGUGACAUACGGCACACCAUUGAUUUCCGAGCUCCCAGCAAUCCAUUCGGACGUAUCAAACCUCGUGGAAACAGAUACUGAGGAGCUCUACACUGCUUUAAAUCGAUUGGGGUAUGGCUAUUCUGGAGAUUUCAAGAGCUUGGUUUCACUCAAGAGGAAGCGGAACCACUCAUGGGGCCUAAUGCGGAGAGUACCCACAGAUUUGCUCAUCCAUCCUGCUACCCUGGAUGUUGCUUUCCAGGCCAUACUAGCGGCAACAAGUUAUCCUGGCGAUGGAGCACUUUGGGCCGUCUACACCCCUGUCUCAGUGCGUUAUGUUAGUUUCAAUCCACAUUUUGCAACUAUGGACGAGCAAUGUGAUGAAAACUGGAGUUUUGAGGCAGCACUCGUGGGUGCUGGUGCUAUCCACAGCGAAGGAACGGCUCAAGUAUAUCCACAAGGAACUUCAAAUGCUGUUUUCCAGAUGGAAGGCAUUACUGCAAAACCAUUCCGCUUGAUGACUGAAGCGGACGACCGAAAGCUUUUCUCGAAAAUUGUCCUCAAACAACUUGCUGUUGGUGAUCAUGUGGCUUUAGGGGAACCUAGAGCUUUGAAGGAAGAUUUGGAGUUGGCUUCUAUUCUAGAACGAAUUUCUCAUUACUACCUUCGCCAGCUACAUCGGACUGUCAGCGAACAUGAAGAUCAAUGUACCCAGCCUCAUCAGCAAAAUAUUCUGAGCUUUACAGAGCGUAUUUUAAAUCAGGUUCCUUCCGGUCAGCAUGCUUGGACUAAAGAAAAAUGGGUGGAGGAUACGAAGGAAGAUAUCUUGGAGGCAGGAAAAGAAUUCGCCCACAUCAUCGACUUACCCACCAUUCAUUCUGUGGGGGAGAGUCUCUUGUCUGCCAUUCAAGAAGAAACAGCAACACCAGAGCGCCUUUCGGGGAGCGACAUGCUACACGACUAUUACCGCAACGGCUUGGGCUUUCCAUUCUUGAAUAAUUGGUUAGCAGAAGCGGUGCAUCUGCUUGUUCAUCGCUUCCCGCAAAUGCACAUCUUGGAGUUUGGCGCUGGCACUGGUGCUAUCACGGAAAGUAUCCUCAAGUCCAUCGGCCUCCAGUUCAAAUCCUACACGUACGUCAAUCGCUCUUCAUGUUCUUUCGCCUCGCUACAGGAAAAAUUCAAAGGGUCUUCCAGCAAAAUGGAGUAUCGUACCUUAGACUUUGAGGCGGACUUUGCCAUUCAAGGUUUCCAAGAGCAUAGCUUUGACCUCAUCAUUGCAUCCAGUAUUGUCUAUUCUGCCGAAUUGAUGGAAACUAGCUUGUCCAAAGUACGAAGUCUCCUACGACCUGGGGGGUAUCUCAUGCUGUCCGAACUCACGAAAGACUGUUCCAUUCAAAAUAACUUCCUCAUGAGUGCAUUAACCCUACUAUCUGCCGGAUUCAAUCAUGGACGACAGUUUGCUUCACCUCUUAGUACAGCCGAGUGGGAUGACCUUCUAUGCAAAUCGGGCUUCUCUGGGGUCGAUAUCGUGGCACCGACAACGGAUUCUCUGCCAUACCCGGUCUCUAUCAUGGUUUCGCAAGCAGUUGAUUCUCGUAUCGACUUUUUACGAGAGCCUCUCUUCUGCCCUGAUCCAUAUAUGAGCGCGGUUGGUAAUUUAGGCGACUUGAAUCAUCCGACCUUCAAGUCCAUCACCGAAACCGAGUUUCAAGGUGUCAAACGGAUGACUAGUGCCACGCGAAACAUUCUCUGGGUGACAUCUGGCAGUCAAGGUAGUGAGCCAUACAACAACAUGAGCAUCGGGUUUAUUCGGUCUUUGGUCUAUGAGAUGCCUGACAUGCGCCUUCAGCUUCUCGAUAUUGAUGACCCAGAAACCCUCGAUGCUCUUUAUGUUACGCGGUUGAUAUUGAGGAUCUGUGCGCUCAGCAACUGGGCAGAGGCAGGGCAGCUUGAUGAUUUGGUCUGGACAUUUGAGCCGGAGAUUUACCUACAAGGUAGCAAAGAGUACAUUCCCCGUUUGGUUCACGAUCAAUCUCGCAACGAUCGCUAUAAUACUCGACAGCGCAUAGUCACUCAUACAGUCAACUCUUCGAGGUCGCCUGUUUAUUUGGAAGUUCGGGACACGUCCUAUUUUCUCAAUGAGAAGCUUCCAGCUCCUUGGAAAUCAGAUACAACGAUCACAAUUGCAGUUUUGAAGUCAACAUUAUCCGCUUUGAAUUUCCCAUCGAAUGGUUUUGCUUACAUCGCAUAUGGUUUAAUUGAGGGAACGUCCGAGGCGGUAAUUGUGCCCACCCAUUUGAACGCUUCAAUUUUACGCGUUCCUCGCGAAGCUUUAGUUCGCUGCGGCACUCAUACGGCUACUGGAGACCAAGUUUUGGAAAAGGUUUUCUGGGAAUUGAUUGCCAGCCGGCUGCUAGAAGAAGUUGCCUGCUCGGGCAAUAUCGUCAUAUAUCAACCGCCACGGGCUCUGCUUUCUGUUCUCAUUCGUGCUUUAUCAGAAAAAGAUAUGGAUCUCUUUGAGAUCGCUCAUGACCCAGCUUCAAAUCCUGCAGCAAGGCAAAUCAUUGUGCCUCCAAGAACGAUGACUCGCCACAUCAAAAGUCUGCUCCCGAUGAACGUGUCACUUUUCGCAGAUUUCUCUCCCAAUGGUGGCCCAGGUGACUUUGUGAGCCGCCUUCGAGUCUGUUUGCCUCCCAAAUGCAACAAGAUAUGCUCAAAAGACUUAUUUGGUACCGAUGCCGACUUUUCUACAAAAGAUGGUACAGAUUUGGAGAGUGUGCUCUCAGAUUUGACGAAAGCAGUAACUGCUACUCUAGAGGUCCCGACCAUCAAACAACUGGCUUGCAGUAUAAUUUGGAGAUCGCCAGAGGAGUGUGCAAGUCAGAUUCCGGGACAUAACACUGGGUGGAUUGUUGACUGGACAGCAAAUUCCGAUGUGACAGUACAAACCCAGCCGGCAACUGCUCAUGUCGUUUUUCGUCCAGAUAAAACCUAUUUGCUAGUUGGUCUGACUACCGACCUCGGGCAGGCAUUGUGUGAGUGGAUGAUCAGUCGCGGGGCUCGCAUCAUUGCGCUAGCAAGCCGAACCCCUCGGAUAGAGCAGAGUUGGCUGGAUGCGCAACGGAGGAAAGGGGCAGAAAUUCAUAUUUACACAACCGAUGUUACCAAAAAGCAAGAAGUGUGUGAAUUAUACGACGAUAUCAUUACAGUUCUACCACCUGUGGCUGGCGUGGCAAAUGGCGCCAUGGUACUCCGUGACUCAUUAUAUGUCAACACAACUAUAGAUAUGCUCAACGAGGUUCUUGGUCCCAAAGUCAACGGAAGCCAAUAUCUAGACGAACUUUUUUCAGAUCCAGGUCUUGACUUCUUCAUCCUCUUUUCAUCCAUGGGUGUUGUUACUGGGAAUCGUGGUCAGACAAGUUACAAUGCAGCAAAUGCAUAUCUCACUGCACUUACUGCACAAAGGCAAAGCCGCGGCCUUCCCGCAUCUGUCAUGAAUUUGGGACCGGUUCUUGGGCUCGGAUAUAUCACUCGUGCGGGUUUGUUAUCAGGAGACGACAUUGAAAAUAUCGGAGCCUAUCCGAUUUCCGAGUCUGACCUUCUCGAGAACUUUGCAGAGGCUAUAUUGGCAAGCUCAGUCUUACAUAGAGACAACUAUGAGAUAAUCUCAGGACCAAGGGGCGUUGACCCUGUCGUUAAUCCGCGAGUCUCCUGGGUUCAUAAUCCUCGAAUGUCGCAUCUUCAGUCUCACAGUGGCAGCACUGCUGUUGAUAAUGAUAAUGGAAGCCUCACAUCAUUUAAGAAGCAACUGCUAGAGGCAAACAGUCUUGAUAAAGUGCAACGGAUCGUUUUGAAUGCGUUUACGACAAAGCUCUCAACCAUUCUCCAGCUUUCUGUGAAUAGCAUAGACACUCAAGCCCCACUGAUUGACCUCGGGGUCGAUUCCCUAGUUGCGCUUGACAUCCGCUCUUGGCUCAUGAAGAGCCUUAGUGUUGAGGUUCCUCUGUUGGAGAUUCUCAGUGGAUCUACCGUCUCCGAUAUCGCUAAUUACGCAACUCAAAAUUUGCCAACACAUGAUUUCUCAGAUUCAGCCGGCCUUGAGCCUUUGGCGCCGAGUUUGCUUUUGGUCCACAGCGAAAAUGACAGUCCUACGUAUUCGAAUGACUCGACGGGCGAUUCUGUAUCCAUGGAUCAGACCACGCUAAAAGAUGACAGUCUCACUCCUUCGCUCAGUCCCAGUCUACCUGAAGAAGGUCAUUCGCUAGGUAGAAUUGUUGGUAAAAGUUCGGUAAUACCAAAGGCACCAGUUGGAGGCAGCAUUGAUGGAAUUGUAAUUUUGCCUUGA